UUUGAGGUGCUGCAGUGUCUCCUGCUGGUGAAGAGCCGCAGACCAUGUGCGCCUCUCUCCGCAGCUUUACGGUAUUUGAGGUGCGACUCUACUGCCGUACCCGCAAAGACAUGGCAGCGGCCAGCAAACAGCAGCUGCUUCUCAACUCUCCAACCCAGAGCUGAGGCACAGGAUCCAACGCUGAGCUGAAACUCACACUUAUGUUUACAAGAAGAAGUGCCAACAUCUGAUCGUUUUCCACAGAGCUCUCAGUUCACAUCAUCAGGUUUCACUGCUGUGGGUUUUCUAAAGGAAGCUUCAUGUUGGGACGACGCAAAUAUUGAGCUGAACCUCCUCUUUUCAUUUAGUCUCUGUGUGCUUCCAGCCGCAUAUUUCAUCAAUGCCUCGAUGGAAAACUGUCUUCAGUCAACACUUGCGACGGUCCAACACCGUCACUCAAGCCCUGGUCCUGUCCGCCUUCACCUUUUGCAUAAUCCUCCCUUUGUGCUGCCAUCGAAUGCUCUACUCUUACUACUUCAUCAAGACUAUGUACCUGGACUCCAUGAGUGAGGAGGUCCUCCAUGAAGGCCUUGUCCGAGGCCAGGAGGCGCUUCAAUUCUGGCAGAGCACUUCCACCACAGCGUCGUCCCGGUUCAGUGACAUCGCCCAGCAUCCUGAGCUGCUGGUUAUCGUGGUGUCAGUCCAGCGAAAUGAGGGACGGGACUUCCACUACCUUCUCCAGGUGAUGAAACAGCUGAGCGGCCUCCUGGGCGGAUGUGGGGAGCAGCGGUGUGCAGAGGUGUUGGUUUGCGACGUAGAAAGCGGUCCACACGAAAACCAAGACGCCAAGAUGCUCGAGGACUACUUCAAGGUGAUCCGACGUUCCCCUCUGGAGCAGCGGAGGAACCGGGAUUCAGUCAACACCUUCGAGAGGGAGAAGAGGGAUUACGUCUUUUGUCUACGCAAGGGAUGGGAGCUGGUGCAGCCCAAGAACAUGGUUGUCCUGGAGGACGACGCUUUGCCAGAGCAGGACUUCUUCAGCGUCGUAAAGCAACUGCUGUCACGUAAGUUUGCCUUCCAGACUCUUUACAUAAAGCUGUAUCACCCGGAGAGGCUGCAGCGCUACUGGAACCCCGAGCCUUACCGCAUCCUGGAGUGGGUUGGACUCGGAGUUGUUGGAGCGACGGCCCUGCUCUUCAGCUUUUCUUACUGGAACCCCUGCUCCUUCUCCUUCACGCUGUCAGUUGGCCACCUCCUCUUCUUCACCCUCUACUUCAUGGCUGCCAUAGAGCUGCUGGGGCGGCACUACCUGCUGGAGGUUCGGAGGUUUUCCCCACAACUCUACAUUGUCUCCCCGGCCACAGAGUGCUGCACGCCGGCCAUGCUCUUUCCAGGAAACUCCUCGCUUAGGGUGGCAGAGUAUCUUGACGGCUCGUUCUGUGUCCAGGGGAACGCCAAAGACAUUGUUCUGUAUCAGAUGGCGAGGACGAUCCCCGGAGAGAGGGCUCAUAGCGUGGAGCCCAACCUCAUCACCCACAUCGGGGCCUAUUCCUCAGUCAGAGGUAACCCAGUAAGGCCCAAACUCCUCUGAAAAUGGAGGCUGGAUUUGAUCAGGAACUUGGGUCUACUUUUCCUUUCUGCUAUGUCUCCUGUGAGACUCUUCAUACAUUCGAUGACAGCACUCAGAGGAUAUUGGUUUUGUGAUUUGCAGGAGCGUAGUCAACAAUGCUUCAAGAUGGAAAAUGGGGUAUGUUUGGUUAAGUUUUGAUUUAGUUGGUAUGUUUGGUAUUUUUAGAUGUGAUGGUUGCAAUGUACAGCUUGCUACACAGGAAGGGAAACUUACAAAUGUUUCACCAGCAAAUCACAUAAACCACUUUAACUGAGCGUUGUUUACAAGUAGAGAUCAGACCUCAUAUCUUCACUGCUGGAAAACUUCUUUAGUCACUUUUUCUAACUCCAGGUUUGCUGUUAAAGCGAGGGUCUAAACAUUUAUCUACUGCCUGGGGUCAUGAACUAUUUAGAAAAUCAGAUGCUGUCAGUUUCCACCAUGAUCGUCAUCCUCCUAAAACAAGCCUUUUAAAAGCAUGAAUGUACAUUUGCUUACCACGUUUCAAGGAAAUGAUGCAAAUGGUGGGAUCAUUAAAGGAUUUAUUCACUGUUUGUACACCAAAACCAUUUUUAAAUUACGGUUGGCGUACAAAAGCAUUUCAUAAUUUAUAGAGUUGUUGUAGAUUGAACAAAAUACUUAAAUAAUCCAACAGGGAUUUUAUUUAAUUUUUUUACAGUUGCUCCAUGUUUGAAUAAAAUAAAAUAUUUAUACAAACAUAAGUAAAAAUGUUUAAUUUUGGUGCAACAUGCAAUAUAAUUUAACUUUGUAUGGCUCUUCAGAUUGAGUCGACCAUAGGAUAUCGUAUGCUCAUUAGAUACAGUUUUGAUUAACACUUUUUUCUGGAUAUACUAACGAUAUAGAUGCUUGGUAGGAUAAAGUUGCAUCCAUGCUGGAUAUAUUCAUGUGAAAUUGAUGCUGGAUAUACUAACAUUAUACCAAAUUUGACUCAACUUUACACACAAAGUCAAUGCAAUAGACACUUUAAGUAAGGUGAAUGGCGUGGAUUGCUCAGGACACAAGGAGGUGCCAUGUGGAGUGUGAAUUUUAUAUGAGCGGUUCUCAAGAAAGCUACAACCAUAAGUAACACAGGGAAAGCAUUUCACCUUUUUUGAACAUGGUUAUUUUUGCAUUGGCAAUAGUUGAUCUAAAAAGGAUGAGAAGAGUAAGGAGAUAUCUUAGCAUCUGAGCUUCACAGAUCAUAACCAUAUCAGGAGUUAACGUUUCUCAUUUGGUUUAAAAAUCCCCGAGUGAUGACCAAUCGGACCUUCAAACACCACGUUCAGUAAUCUGGAAACCUGCAGGUUUGUCUUUAUCUUUCUGGGAUCAGGUUAAGGUGACUCUUCUGUCCGCUGCGUCAUGUUUGGAAUCAGGAAUUUGUUGUAAAAAAAACACUGAACAAAUAUUUUAGGAGAUCCAUUUGAGGAAGAAGGUCUGCAUGCCUUAGCAGUCUUUCUAAUCUCAAUAAUGAUUGAGGACAAAUGAGAUCUUGAUUUCCUGAUUAUGACUCUUUUUUACCUUCAAAAUUGUUUUUGUACUUUUAUUAUAUAAACAAUAGUGAGCAGUCAUAUGAUUACACACAUAUGUUCUUCUUAAGGUUGAAAAGAAUUGCGAGAGAUGAGGGUUUCAAUGUUCGCCUCGGAGCUGUACAGAUCAUAUCCAUAUCAGGAGUUUGAUUUUGUAAAACUAACUUUUCUCACUGGGUUUAAACAUCCCUGAGUGAUUACCAUAUCAGCCUAGUUUCAGUAAUCUGGAAACCUGCAGUUCGUCUUUAUCUUUCUGGCUUAGUAAGCACGGCUUCUGUCAAGUUGUAGUUACUGUUUACAUUUGUUAUGUCGGGGUUGGAUGUAGUAUUGUUGAGGAAGAAGAACAAAUGUUUUAGGAGAUUCAUUUAAGGAAGAAUGGCUGCACGCCUUAGCAGUCCCCGAUAAAACCUCAAUCAUGUUUGAGGACAAGAUGAGACCUUAAUUUUCUGGAUAUGGCCUUCAGCAUUGUUUUUGUACUUUCCUUAUAUGAGGAGUAGACAUUUUAUAACGAACAAUACAUUGAGCAGUCGUAUGAUUACACACGUCAUUGUGGUUCAACAGAAUAUAGUGAAGCAAUAUUACAUCGUCAGUGUUGCUGUUGGAGAAACAGUAAGUCUACAACAGCAGAACCACAUUGAUAGUACCUCAAAAUGUACGUUUAGUUGUGCAGCAGCGACAGGAAACAAACCUUCAUUCUGAAAAAUGAAGAGUUCCAUAUCAACCUUUACUCAACCCUUUUCUGUCAGGUUCUACGUUGUCAUAUGGCCGGUUUUUUUUACCUUCAAAAUCUAUUGUUUUGUAAACACUGGGUCUUUGAGAGCAGACAAAAGCAGGUUCUAAUUUCCAGCAGGCAGCCGUUGAUUCUACAGCAGCUGAUACAACAACUGUCCCUGGCAGAUUUAACAGCAUUUGAUUGUAUCCCAGCUGACUCAAUCUUGUGAUCAUUUUUUUUUGUUAUUAUGCUUAUUAGAUUUACUAUCUACUAUAGCUUGUAUUAUUAAAUAGUAUGUAUCACUUCAAACCUUAAAAGAGAAUAAGCAUUGAGUGAAAGGACCGUUUGCAAUGGGCUUGGCUGACUGCUCUAAACUGAAUUCCCCAGAUCUAAAAAAGAUCAGGAAGGAGUUGCUAACGUUAGCUUAAUGCUAGCUUACCGUUAGCUUAAUGUUAUCUCAAAGACUCGUUGGUUUAAUGUGUGCUUUACCAGACAGACAUGAGAGUGGUAUCAAUCUGACUCGAUAAGACAUAGAGACAAAUAAUAAUAAACUGAACGUAGAAAUCCAUCAUAUGCUGGAAAAUCCCUAAUUUGCUUCAAAGGUUUUCACAGAUUCAUUAUCUCUAAAAGACAGAAGUUCUUCAGACAGAAUAUUUAACUUCGCCAGCUGUAUGUUCACAAAGACAAUGAAUAAUAAUGAAAGUCAACUUAAUUUAUAUACUGCCAAAUUAUAACUUUGGUUAACCUAUGACACGUCAGGUUAAUCGUACUAUUUGUUAUUUUGUAUAAAAAGCAUUCAUAUUAAAUAUUGUUGAGGACACCCCUUAAGUAUAUAUCGUUCAGAUUUUAUUUUGGCACCUUAUGAUGAUCAUAAACUUUAUGUUUUACAGCUUGCCUUAUUUCUGACUAAUAGCAUUUAAAUUGCUCUUUAUUCAAACAGUGACUAUAAAAGAAAAAUAAACAGAUUUAAUUAUUUCAUAGAAUAAAUGAGAAAUAUAAAGUAGCUUUAUUUGAUUUGAUAUAUGAUUAUUCAAAUAUAUUAGUUUAUUAUAAAUAAAAAAUAUCCACAAACUGCAGUUUAUAUUUUACUUUUUGAUGGUUUAUUCAGACACUUUUAUCAGAUUAGCUGAAGCUCAAAAUAAAUCCUUUUACGUGAUUAGUUCCUACGCGCCGUUUGCUGCUACUGUAUCUGCAGCUGAAAUAAGCUUUAGUGCUUAUAUUUAUAUUAAGGAUUGAACAAUUAAUUUAGGAUUUGGUUGUGGUUUGGGAUUGAUUUCUGCCUUGAUAUGUAUUAUUUUACUGUGCAAUGUAAUCAUUAAAUGUUGUCCAUCUUCUUCACAUUCAACGUUAUCUUGUGUGUUUUGUUUUUCUUAUGUGAUGUCAUCCUACUGAUUUGUUUGCAUGUCACAUUUAAGAAAGUCAUAUAAUUUCUCCCUUUUCACACAUCAAAUGAUCAUCCAUUAUGAAUGAAAGCUCCAAUGAACCAAAGAUUGAUUGAAACGUCUGUCUCUCUCUCUCUCUCUCUCUCUCUCUCUCUCUAUAUAUAUUAUAUAUCGGUGAAAUCUGACGUUUUCCAAUAAUAAGAUGUGAGUAAUAUUCUGGUGACUGAACGGUGAUGCAAAUUACAUUUUUGUUUCUCUCCUCAGUGUUCACAUUUUGUUUUUGUGUUAUAAACCAUUUUACAUGGUUCUAUUUACACUGUGACUCUUUCACUGUUUUCUACAUUUGAUCCAAAAUAAAUCACAAAGUUUGAAA